AUAAUCUCAGACCCUGUCAACGACGCUGCGAAUCCGAUCGACGCCUUCAAAUUCGUUCGAUUUCCUUCGUUUCUUCGCCAUCUAUCGUAGAGCAGCAGCCAUCUCUUCAGGUUGUUUUUGGGAUUGAGCAGACAUGGAUUUUUUAGUUGUGUAAAGACUAAAGUCAGAUAAGAGGUACUCUAGAUGGAAGUCAAGCUAUGGAAUGACAAGCGUGAGAGGGAGAUGUAUGACAAUUUUGCUGAGCUUUAUGCGAUCAUCAAGGCCACUGAAAAGCUCGAAAAGGCUUAUGUUAGAGACAUCAUCCCGUCGGCUGAUUAUGAGGCCGAGUGUCAGAAACUAAUCGCCCACUUUAAAACAUUAUCGUCAACCCUUAAAGAUACUGUGCCCAGUAUCGAGAGGUUUCACGACACUUACAAGAUGGACUGCCCUGCCGCCAUGAACCGCCUUAUAACCUCAGGCGUGCCAGCUACGGUGGAGCACAGGGCAGCUGCAGCUGCCUCUGGGGUAACCUCUGCUGCAACCGUGGCUGAAUGUGUGCAGAAUUUCAUCACAGCUAUGGAUUCAUUGAAGCUGAAUAUGGUUGCGGUUGAUCAGGUUUUCCCUUUACUCUCUGAUUUAUCUGGUUCGUUGAACAAGCUGUCGAUUUUACCACCAGACUUUGAAGGGAAGACGAAAAUGAGGGAGUGGAUUGGAAGGCUCGCCAAGAUGGGGGCGGCAGAUGAGCUGACUGAACAGCAGUCUAGGCAGCUGCAUUUUGAUCUGGAGUCAUCCUACAAUUCUUUCAUGGCUGCAUUGCCAACUGCUGGCUCUUGAGGUUGUAAAUCUUUUUGUUUUGAAACUGAUGUUUGUAAUCUUUUUAGGAAUGAAUACAUGCAAUUGGUUCCACCUGAUUCUGUGUUAAAUAUAUACUGUUUGAUUUAGGUGCUUUUUGUUCUCUAAGAGGUGCUGAUACUUGGACUUGUUAUAAACAAUUUUUCUGUAUACGUAACUAUGUGAUAUAC